AUGAAUAUGACAAAAAAAUAUAUUGGGUUAAAUUGUUUCUUGCCUUACCUUGAAAAGCAUCGUAUUUAUGAAUUGUUUAAUGAUAUUAACACAGAUCUUGUGAUACAAAAACCAAGUGAUCCUCUACACUUCAUCAAGCAUUGGCUGGAAGAAAAUCCAGUCUACCAAGAUCGCCUGAGAAUAAUUCUUAUUCUAUCUUCGCCGGAUUUUGGUAAAUUCGUAAAUUUACCAAGAAAUAAUUCAGAAGCUCGUGCUUUGAAAAGAAAUGGCAUUCUUCCGACUCAUGUCUUUGAAAUAAUUGACAGUUUAGGAGAUAAUUCUCGUGAUAAUGCAUUGAAGGCACAGGUUAGCAAAAAUAACGGCUCUGUUGAUUAUAAUUUACACAUUAAUAGUCUUCGUGAUGAAUACAAGCCUUUUUUACACAAAAUAGAAUCUACGGGAAGAACAUGUGAAGAGAUAGGAAACAUUUGUAUCUCAAUCACAAGAAGACAAAGAUACGAUAUACCGAGUAUUUAUCGUGUAGUAUUGAUAGGUCCACGAGGAUCAGGAUUUAAAACCGUGGCGAAAUAUCUUUCUCAAAAAUACGGCCUUGUAAAUGUUGACUUGGAUUAUCUGUUAGAGCAAACGAAGAAACAAAAUUCAUUGCUCGGCCAAGAGCUACGCUCUUUGGAUUAUCGGGGUACGGUACCCGGCUCGGAGAUGAGAUUUAAAGUCGUGGAGAAUAAAUUGAUGAGCCAGGAGUGUAACAGAAAAGGCUGGGUAUUGACUAGAUAUCCGCUGACUGUUGAAGAUUUUCGGCUGCUGAAUUCGCUUACGACACCUCCAAACAGGAUCAUUUUUCUCAGCGUCGAUCAAGUGACAUGCAGAGAACGAUUACUGUCUCGGCGAUUUAAUAUACUUACCGGAAGCGAGCAUCACUUAACGAUAGACUCAGAUUUUCAGUGUGAUUUUGGUCAAGAAUUGGCUGCUCAUCCGAAAGAUUAUGGUACUAAAGUUGAACAGGAUGUAAGCUAUUUUUUUCUUCUGUUUAAUUUAAUAAUAAUUAUCAUUGUUAUUAUUAUUGAGUGGCUUAAAUGUAUAAAUCUGAAACUGUUUCAAGAAAAUAUUGAGUCGAUAUUAAAGCAUGCUGGGGAUUCAGUAAAUGUUGUCGAUGCGACGUCUGGAAUAAAAAGUGUUUGUGAAAGAGUCGAGGCUUGUUUAACAAGACCGAUUUGUAAUGCUCCAGCUCGUAAAUGA